ACCAAAACAUCAACUAUUCCUUUCUUUAAUCUUCUGUGAUCCCAACUAGAACUCCUUUGCUUCCGAAUAGAGUUUCAGGUUUCUUGUGAGGAUCCACUUCCUUGUAGCUUCUUGCAGCGGUGAAGUGAGAAGAAAAAGGGGCAUGAAGCUGGUGGUGGAAAUAGUAGAUGCUCAUGAUCUUAUGCCCAGAGACGGUGAAGGAUCAGCAAGUCCUUUUGUGGAGGUUGAUUUUGAGAACCAGCGAAGCCGAACUACAACAGUCCCAAAGAAUCUCAACCCCGUUUGGAACCAAAAACUUCUCUUCAAUUUCGACCAAGCCAAAAAUCACCAUCACCAAACCAUUGAAGUCUGUAUUUACCACGAGAGGAGACAAAUUUCCAGCCGCGCCUUCCUUGGGAGGGCAAGAAUUCCCUGCUCAACCAUUGUCAAGAAAGGUGAGGAAGUUUAUCAAACAUUCCAACUAGAAAAGAAACGGUUUUUCUCUUCCAUCAAAGGGGAAGUUGGCCUGAAAAUCUAUCUUUCAUCAGAAACAGAACCAAGUUCCCCUGCUCCAUCAUCUUCUCCACCACCACCUUCUAGUCCUCCUCUCAGUUCGGAAAAUAGAAAUCUUAUUCACAAUCCCUCAAUUCCUCUCCCCAUAUCCGAAGUGCCUGUUUCUAAUAUUUCUAAUAUUUCCGAAGUACCUGUUUCUAAUAUCCUCAACUCCUCUCCCUCAAUUACUCGAGUUUCUCUGAUUGAAAAAUCAAGUUCUCCUGUCCCAGAAGCCGAGUCUCCUCGCAGUUCGGUUGAAGAACCAAAGGAGGAGAUCAAAGAACCUGUCGAAGUAAGGGUAGCGGCAAAUCCACACAUAUACAAAUAUCAAGUUUUGCAGCAACCAGCCAUUUCAGUGGAGAAGGUACCACAAGGCAUCUCAUCAACCAUGCACCAGGCGAAUCCAGACAUCCAUCCUAGUCCCCAAGAUGACUACAAUUUGAAAGAGAUGGACCCACAGCUCGGUGAACGGUGGCCAGGUGGAGGAGUGUAUGGUGGAAGAGGGUGGAUGAGUGGCGAAAGAUUUGCAACCACUUAUGAUCUUGUUGAACAGAUGUAUUAUCUUUAUGUUCGAGUUGUGAAAGCCAAAGAUCUUCCACCCGGUGCCCUCACUGGAAGCUGUGAUCCUUAUGUGGAGGUAAAGCUUGGGAACUACAAAGGAAGAACAAGGCAUUUCGAGAAGAAAAUGAAUCCUGAGUGGAAUCAGGUCUUUGCCUUCUCAAAGGAUCGUAUCCAAUCAUCAAGCCUGGAGGUCUUCGUGAAAGAUAAAGAAAUGGUGGGAAGAGAUGAUUAUCUUGGAAGGGUGGUUUUUGAUAUGAAUGAGGUUCCAACAAGGGUUCCACCUGACAGCCCGCUUGCUCCUCAGUGGUACAGGUUGGAGGACCGCCGAGGGGAAGGAAAGGUGAGAGGAAACAUCAUGCUAGCUGUUUGGUUGGGAACACAAGCUGAUGAAGCCUUUUCAGAGGCAUGGCAUUCAGAUGCUGCUUCCAUUCACGGGGAGGGUGUUUCUAGCAUCCGGUCAAAGGUUUAUGUAUCACCAAAAUUGUGGUACCUCAGGGUAAACGUGAUUGAAGCUCAGGACAUUCAGCCUAAUGACAGAAGCCGGGUCCCUGAAGUUUUUGUAAAAGCUCAGGUUGGAAGCCAAGUGCUCAGAAGCAAAAUUUGCCCAACUCACACAACUAACCCACUUUGGAAUGAAGAUUUGGUCUUUGUAGCAGCUGAGCCUUUUGAGGAGCAACUGGUCCUUACUGUCGAGGAUCGAGUGCAUCCUUCAAAGGAUGAUGUGCUUGGGAGGAUUAGUAUGCCACUUACUGCCUUUGAGAAGCGACUUGACCACCGACCAGUUCAUUCUACCUGGUUCCACCUUGAGAAGUUCGGUUUUGGGACCUUGGAAGCUGACAGGAGAAAGGAGCUCAAGUUUUCCAGCAGGAUUCAUGUUCGAGUGUGUCUCGAAGGUGGAUAUCAUGUACUGGACGAAUCAACUAUGUACAUAAGUGAUCAGAGGCCAACAGCAAGGCAGCUAUGGAAGCAGCCCAUCGGUAUCUUGGAAGUGGGCAUUUUGGGAGCACAGGGACUUCUCCCCAUGAAGAUGAAGGACAGCAGGGGCAGUACAGAUGCUUAUUGUGUAGCCAGGUACGGCCAGAAAUGGGUUAGGACCAGAACAAUUAUUGACACUUUCAGUCCAAAAUGGAAUGAGCAAUACACAUGGGAAGUUUACGACCCAUGCACAGUGAUAACGCUGGGAGUUUUCGAUAACUGCCACUUGGGAGGAGCUGAGAAACUGAACAGCGGAGGGGCAGUACGAGAUUCACGAAUUGGGAAGGUAAGAAUUCGGCUAUCAACCCUAGAAUCUCAUCGGAUUUAUAUACAUUCUUAUCCACUUCUUGUUCUACAACCAACUGGGGUCAAGAAAAUGGGUGAGCUUCAAUUAGCCAUCAGAUUCACUAGCCUCUCCCUAGCCAACAUGAUAUAUGCCUAUGGCCACCCCUUGCUGCCAAAAAUGCACUACUUACACCCUUUGACGGUGAACCAAGUAGACAGUUUACGAUAUCAAGCCAUGAAUAUUGUAGCAACCAGGCUUGGCCGAGCUGAACCACCACUUAGGAAAGAGGUGGUGGAGUAUAUGUUGGAUGUGGAUUCCCACAUGUGGAGUAUGAGAAGAAGUAAAGCAAACUUCUUCAGGAUCAUGUCACUGCUUUCUGGUGUGAUUACCAUGAGCAGAUGGUUUGGGAACGUUUGCCACUGGAAGAACCCCAUUACAUCAGUCCUAGUUCAUAUACUGUUCCUGAUACUGAUUUGGUACCCAGAGUUGAUACUUCCAACCAUCUUUCUUUACAUGUUCCUAAUCGGAAUAUGGAACUACCGGUCCCGUCCAAGGCACCCACCUCAUAUGGACACUAAGCUUUCAUGGGCAGAAGCAGUGCAGCCGGAUGAACUUGAUGAAGAAUUUGACACUUUUCCAACAUCUAGAUCACAGGAUAGGGUUUACAUGAGAUACGAUAGGCUUAGAAGUGUGGCAGGAAGGAUUCAAACAGUUGUAGGGGACUUAGCAACACAGGGGGAGAGAUUUCAGUCUCUGCUCAGCUGGAGAGACCCAAGAGCAACAAGCCUUUUCAUAAUGUUCUGCCUAUGUACAGCACUGGUGCUUUACAUGACCCCGUUUAGAGCGGUGGCUUUGGUCGCAGGUCUGUACAUGCUGCGCCAUCCUAGGUUUAGGAGCAAACUGCCUUCCAUACCUAACAACUUCUUCAAGAGAUUGCCGCCUCGAACAGACAGCUUGCUCUGAUGCUACUUGUAGGAGGUUAUAUACUUUUCUGUGUGUUUUAAUUUGCUGCUCCUUUAAGUUCUUUCUUGUGUAAGUUCAAAUAAAUGCUCUGUUAAAGAUUUUCCAGAUACAGCAGUCGCUUGUGUGACAUCCUAAAGAGCAUGAAGCUUGGCCCCUUGGCCGAAGCCACAGUUUGUAAUUAUGUAUGUUUUUUAUAGUCUGUAUUGAUCAAGUCCUCUUCCACA